UGGUGGCUGGAUAUCAAUUGUCCGACGUAUCUCGACAUGACAGAGCUCAGCAAGAUGUUCCCUCUGCAUCCGCUCACCGUCGAAGACGUGCUGCAGCAGGAGCCGCGCGAGAAGGUCGAAACGUUCGACGCGCUGGGCUACUACUUUGUCAUCGUCGAGGGCCUCGAUGGCAAGGCCGGCCUCGAGGGUGUCAGCGUGGGCGGCACGAAUCUCUACAUGAUCGUAUUUAAGCACGGCCUCAUCACGUUCCACUUCGAGGACGUCAGCAAGCACACCGACCGCGUGCGGCGCCGGCUGCUCGACUCGACGCACCCCGCCGAGCUCUCGUCGGACUGGAUCGCGCACGGCCUGUACGACUCUGCUGUCGAUGCCUUCUUCCCGCUGCUGGCGUUCAUCGAGGUGGAGGUCGCCGAGAUCGAACUCGUCACGGCGUUCCUCUCGGACAACGCGCAGGGGCAGAGCAAGCUGCUGCGGCGCAUCACCGAUGCGCGCAAGCUCGUCACGGGCCUCUCGCGCCUGCUGGCGCCGAAGAAUGACGCCGUGCGCGGGCUGCGCAAGCGCCUCGUCGAGCUGCGCGGCACGGGCGCCGGCGCGUCGGAGAUGAGCAUCUACAUGGGCGACGUGCUCGACCACAUUGUCACGCUGCUGGCGCACCUUGCCGAGUCCGAUGCGCGCCUGCACCAGACGCACCACACCUACCUCUCGGCCAUCUCGCUGAACAACCAGCAGGUGGCGCACUCGACGGACGAGAUUCUCAUCGUGCUCGCCACCAUCACCGUGGCCAUCUUUGGCAUGCAGUGCGUGCUCGGCCUCGGCUCGAUGAACGUCGAGGUGCCGCACAACCUGCACGCCGAGGACCGUCCGCCCGGCGAGCCGCCGCGCUACUGGUGGUUCAUCGGCAUCGUC